AUGGUUAAAAUCACUGUUCUUGGUGCCGCUGGUGGUAUUGGCCAGCCGCUUUCCUUACUUCUCAGACUCAAUUCUAAAGUCUCCGAACUUGCCUUAUUCGACAUAGUUAACGCCCAAGGUGUUGCUACUGAUCUCUCACACAUUCCAUCCACCCAAAAGAUCACCGGAUAUGGGCCCAAAUCCAAAACUGACAUUACCCAACUACAGGCUGCUUUAAAGGAUGCUGACAUAGUGGUGAUUCCAGCAGGUAUUCCUAGGAAACCAGGAAUGACUAGAAAUGAUCUUUUCAAAAUCAACGCUUCUAUAGUUAAAAGCUUGGUUCAUCAGGCCGGGCUUAUUUGUCCUAAUGCAUUCAUUUGUGUUAUUUCAAACCCGGUCAAUUCUACUGUUCCAAUUGCGGUGGAAGAGUUGAAAACUUUGGGUGUCUAUAACCCUUCUAAGGUAUUCGGUGUCACCACUUUGGAUAAUUUGAGAUUGGAGGAGUUUCUUAGUCUUUCCAUUAAAAGGGCUACUGGUAAAACUGUCACUCCUGCUGAGCUACGCGGUGAUGUCAUUUCCAUUGGAGGUCAUUCAGGCUCUACUAUCGUUCCCGUGCUUAAUUCUUGGGCUAGAAACUUGUCCUCUGAAGUUUAUGACUCUUUACUACACAGAGUUCAAUACGGUGGUGACGAGGUCGUUAAAGCCAAGCAAGGACGCGGCUCUGCUACUCUUUCCAUGGCUACUGCUGGAUACAGGUUUGUUAGUCAUUUGAUUGAGGCUCUGACUGGCGAUUCAGUCGUGGAUGAAGUCGCUUAUGUUAAAUUCGACGAGUUACCUGGUCAGGUUCCUGAUAUUGUUGCAGAUAAUGUGUCUUACUUCAGUCUCCCUUUCAAGUUGGGUAAAACGGGUGUCAAAUUGAUCACAUUCCCGCACAGCCUCUCUGAUAAAGAGACCGGGCUUAUGGCUGUGGCCGUUAAUCAGUUGAAGGAUGAAAUUGCCAGAGGUGUUAACUUUGUGCACCCUUCUAAACUAUAA